AUGUUGGUCAGCAUCGACCACAGUACGCACCCCCACAUCAUCGACCUCAUCUUCGCAUAUGCGCCGGCCUCCUCCCUCGUCGUCCUGCGACGCACCUGCCGCUCCUUUCGCGACCGAGUCGAUGCAACGCUGUUCCGGCACGUAGCGUUGCGCGCGACGGGCACCAACAAGAAGCUCGGGCUGCACUUCGUCGUGCCGCCGGGCAGGAUGGACAUGACCUCUCGCCUCCCCCGCGUGCCGUCGCGUGUGGAGAUUCUCGACUCAGUGCCAUUCGAUCUGCCCGCCAAACCGUCUGCGGCCCGCACUCACGCUGUACGCAACAUUCUACGGCAGCUCACCUCGCUGCACACUGUGCGCCGGUUCAGCCAGUUCAAUAGGGUACCAAGCUUUGGGGGGCUAGGCUACACGACCACCCACACCCUCGUCGACUUUGUCGACCAGAGCCAACAAACUGGGCGGCCGUUGGACAAGCACCAUCGGCUCCGCAUGGGGUCGAUCGUGCAGAUGUACGUCCUCAACCUCAGAACUUGCGUGAGGCAUCACUGCGAGAUCGCACCCACCAAGGUCAAGAGCCUACGCGAAAUCGUCAUCGCCGUACACCCCUGCUGUGACGCCGAGCCCCGCGUACCCGUACUCUCGAUCUACCCCAUCCUCGUCCUCGUCAACAACCUCCUGAUGAUGGGCCGGCGCAUCUCGCUCACCUUCGUCGGUGUCCCGCCGCCAGCGAUCAUCGGGCCUCUACAGAAAGCGACGUGGCGGUGCAAUCUUCCGCUUCUGCCGGCCGCACGACAAAUGCGGCUGCUCUUUGUGCACGAGAAGUCACGGGCGGGCGUCUUGAGCGGGUCACGGCACACUUUCUUGCACACAGCCGCCGCGUGUAAGGGCGAGUGGUGCCCCGGCGCACAUAUCAUCGUCGAGCAAAUGAUUCCGUCGCCAAUCCACAUCCCCUCGAUGUGA